AUGGCAACCACGACAGUCCUCUACCCGCAGGGAACGACCUUCAACAAGGAAUACUACAAGUCCACCCACAUGCCCCUCGUCGAGAAGAACUGGGCCAAAUACGGCCUCAAGUCCUGGAAAGUAAUCUACUUUCCGGAUGAUGCACCCUACAGCGUCCAAGCCACUCUCGAAUGGGGCAGCGUGAAGGAUUUCCAGGAAGCAGCAAGCAGCGAGGAGGCCAAGACGGUUUUGGGAGACGUGUCCAAUUUCUCCAACAAGGACCCGGUUAUUCUAACUGGCGACGUGCCGUUUGCUUCUUCUUGA